GUGUUUGGAAAUUGGAAGACCUGGUGGCGGACGAGGGUCAGGACGCAGAUCCUGCCUCGGAGAGUGGGCUACGUGUCCGGGAUGUGGGAUCGGAGGCUGGUAAGGUUGGCCUUGUUGCAGCAGCUUCGGGCGGUCUAUGGCAUUAAGGUCAAGAGUGGCCGUGGGCAGUGCGAUCGCAGGAGACAUGAAACAGCAACCACGGAAAUAGUGGGUAAAAUAUUUGGAGUACCUUUUAGUGCAUUGCCCCAUUCUGUUGUACCAGAAUAUGGACACAUUCCAAGUUUUCUUGUUGAUGCUUGCACAUCUUUAGAAGAGCAUAUUCAUACAGAAGGGCUUUUUAGGAAAUCAGGAUCUGUUAUUCGUCUAAGAGCCCUAAAGAAUAAACUGGAUCAUGGUGAAAGUUGCCUAUCUUCUGCACCUCCUUGUGAUGUUGCCGGACUUCUUAAGCAGUUUUUUAGGGAAUUGCCAGAGCCCAUCCUUCCAGCUGAUUUGCAUGAAGCACUCUUCAAAGCUCAACAGUUAGGAACAGAGGAGAAAAAUAAAGCUACAUUGUUGCUCUCCUGUCUUAUGGCUGACCACACAAUUGAUGUAUUAAGAUACUUCUUUAACUUUCUCAGGAAUGUUUCACUUAGGUCCAGUGAGAAUAAGAUGGAUAGCAGCAAUCUUGCUGUAAUAUUUGCACCAAACCUUCUUCAGACAAGUGAAGGACAUGAAAAGAUGUCUGCUAACACAGAAAAAAAGCUACGAUUACAGGCUGCAGUAGUGCAAACUCUUAUUGACUAUGCAUCAGAUAUUGGGCAUAUUCCAGAUUUUAUCCAGGAAAAGAUACCAGCUAUGUUGGGUCUUGAUGGUCUCUGUGCUACUCCAUCAUUAGAAGGCUUUGAAGAAGGUGAAUGUGAAACUCCUGAUGAUUGUAAGAGAAAGCGAAGACAAAGUGUAGGAGAUUUUGUUAGUGGAGCAUUGAAUAAACUUAAAUCUAACAGAACACCCUCCGUUACACCUCAACAAGAAAAAAUUGCCCAGGUAUCCGUAUCACCCACGAUUCUUACACCAAAUGCUAAGCGUAAACUGCCAGUGGAUUCAUCUCAUGGUUUCUCAAGUAAGAAGAGGAAGUCCAUCAAGCACAAUUUUAACUUGGAGUUGUUACCAACUAAUCUCUUCAGUAGCAGUUCUACACCAGUAUCAGUUCCCUUUGAUACAAGCCCAGAAGGAUCAUCUCAGAGUUCAGUCUCUCCUGUAACCAUCAGUGGAAACCGUUUGAUUAGUACAGGUGUGCUAAGGCGAAGUAAGAGGAUUGCAGGCAAAAAAGUUUUCAGGGUGGAAUCAGGAAAAGCAGGCUGCUUCUCUCCUAAGAUCAGUCGUAAAGAAAAGGUCCGAAGAUCUCUUCGUUUGAAAUUUAGUCUGGGGAAAAGUAGCAAAGACACAAAUGGGUGUUUUGGUGUCGACAGACGUGAAAAUGUUGGUCGACGACUUGCAAAUCAACAAAGUUUAAAAAAUAGGAUUGAGUCUGUAAAAACAGGUCUGCUUUUUAGCCCAGAUAUUGAUGAAAGAUUAACAAAGAAAGGUUCAAAAAAGAUCCAUAAAUCUGAGGAAAACUUAACUCCAGAGCGUCUAGAUGGAACAAAUUACCGGAUGUCUUGGACAGGACCUAGUAAUUCUAGUUUUCAAGAAAUAGCUGCAAAUGAAGUUUCUCUGAUCAAAGGAAACCUUGAGGUGAAAAGCUCUUUGGAGCCUGAUACUACGGUUGAAAAGUCCCCUGUUCAUUCAUAUGAACUCACCCCUUCUAACGUACAUGAUAAGCAUAACAACAAUGUAACUGAAAGCUCUCUUAGUGGGGAUGAAAAUAACUUGACCACAGAGACUUUGGUGAAAAUUCAGAAAGCAUUUUCUGAGUCUGGAAGUAAUCUUCAUGCAUUGAUAAAUCACAGGCAGUCAUCAAUAACUAAUGUGGGGAAACUAAAGCUAAAUGAAACAUCUUCUACAGAAUAUAGCCCAGAGAAAAAUCUAUUUGAAACUAGUGAUUUGACUGUGAUAGAAUCAGAUGAACAUCAAACUAAAACAGAUGAAAAUAGUUUUUCAGAACAAGACAUCUCACUACAUCAAACUCAAAAAUCAGAUGGAGAAGCAACUAUAACAUUUUACUCAGCUCAUAUGAAGAUUGAACAUGAGAAAAGCAUCCAUUCAGAUAUACCUAGAGAUCACUCAGUCAGGCCAGAAUUGCCUAGUGGUGAACACAUAAAGAAACAGCAGUCCCCAAGGGAUAAACUAAAUACUCAGUUAAAGGAGAAUGAGAAUAUGAUUGAAGAGAACUUCUUACUGAAAUGUGCAGGUUCUAGGGAGGAUGCAGCUGACCUCUCUUCCUCAGAGCAGAUUACAUGUAAUAUAACAAACUUACCAAAACCGAGGCCUGUGAGAAUCAUUCAGCAGCAGUCACUGGGGGGAAACUGCCAUACAACCGGCCCUGAAAGCUCACAAAUGACAGAGCACGGGAGGGUGUCAGACCACAUACAGUGGUUUAACAAGCUUUCUCUCAACGAACCAAAUAGGACCAAAGUUAGGUCACCUCUUAAGUUUCAGCGUACACCUGUCCGUCAGUCUGUCAGAAGGAUUAACUCCUUGUUGGAGUACAGCAGACAACCUGUAAGGCACAAAUUGGCAAGUCUUGGUGAUGCGGCUUCUCCUCUGGUGAAAUCAGUGAGCUGUGACAGUGCUCUUUCCUCUGGUAUAGAAAGUACAUCAAAAGAUUCGUUGAUUUCAUGUACCAAAUCAGAUCCUAAAGAACAGAAGUUUAUAGCAUGUGAACAGCCAAAUGUUGAUGCAAUUUCAAAAUCAGGCAUGGAGUUAACUUAUAAGUCUUUUUCAAGGAUGAAGAGGUACCCAGACUCCCAGAAUGCUUCUCUUGGGUCUACCAGAAUUUGUAAACAGGAAGUAGUAUCUGAUGGCCAAAUUAAGGUUCCCUUGGAUGACCUGACAAAUCAUGACGUAUUUAAAUCUGUUGUAAAUAAUAAUAUGGGCUUUUCUCCUGGGAUAAAUACCAGAGUCCUUAGGAAACCGUCAGAAAAAGAAAGGGUCUGGUAUAAAGGUUCUCCAAAAAAUCCUAUUGGCAAAGCUCAGCUACUACCAACGAGUAAACCUGUAGACUUGUAA